AUGUGUGAAAAACACGUAACAGGCUCUGAAUUGUGCGAGUUUAUGCUGAUGAUGGUUGCUGCUGGCUGGGUUGUUCAGUUGGCGUCGUCUUCAGGUUGGGUAAUGCAGAUUCCAAUAAAAACAAGUCAUCACCAAGUGCGAGGCCCUCCCGAAGCGCGAAGCUUCGUGCGGCCGCACGGGUUUGCCGACCUAAACUCUGGCUCUGUUUUACUCGGUAAUUUCAAGUGGAUGGAAGGUGUGGUUAGUCCCUUCUAUGAAAAGGGCGAUCGGAUCGAUUAUUGUCCACUGUUCGAAGUACAAACAGCUGUCGGGCUGGACGUGUCACUUCCGUGCGAUCUGCUGCCGACGACGAUGACGAUGAUGACCGACAAGGUGACCCUGGUCAUCUGGUACAAGGAAGGCAACAGCAAGCCAAUCUACUCAUUCGACGCCCGGGGAAAAAGCCUGCAACAGGCAAUUCACUGGUCGGACGAGGCAGUACUCAAGUCGAAGGCGUACUUCUACUACGAAACGAACCCACCAGCGCUUCGGAUAAAGAAUAUCAAACAGGACGACGCCGGCCUGUACAGAUGCCGGGUGGAUUUCCAGAAGUCACCGACGAAAAACUGUAGGAUAGAUCUGGAUGUGCUGGUGCCCCCGUCGAAAGUGACGGUCCUGGACGAGCUGGGAGCGGCCGUGCAGAACAACCUGGUCGGUCCGUAUCGGGAAAAUGCCGACAUCAAUCUUACCUGCGUUUCCAGCGGUGGCAUCCCGACGCCGAAGGUAACCUGGUGGCGCGAGCACGCCCUGCUGGACGAUUCCUUUCUGGUGCUCCCGGACGGAACGGUCAAAAACGUUCUCUACCUGGAGAAGCUGACCCGGGGCGAUUUGCAUUCGGUUUAUACGUGCCAAGCUAGUAACGGGCAUGUGGUGCCCCCGCUCUCCACAGCUGUUAAGUUAGAUAUGAAAUUGCCACCGCUAUUCAUCAGCAUGCAGGGCCUACGGGAUACCUUGACAGCCGGGAUCAAGACACAGGUCUCCUGCCUCACCGCGGGCAGCCGACCAGCGCCGAGCAUCGUAUGGAACAAGGGCCCAUCCAUCAUCCGGGGAUCGUCACAAACGACAUCCAACGAUGGUAACGUGACCGUAUCGGAGCUGGUCUUCGUACCCGGACCGGAAGAUAAUGAAAAAUCAAUUACAUGCUCAAUUAGCUAUAACGAAUUCGGGGGACCAGCGAUCCAUCUCAAAGAUUCCCAGGUGCUGGACGUCAAACAUGUUCCGGUGAUUUCGCUGUCACUCGGGGCACCACUCAAUUCGCAGAACCUGAUGGAGGGAUCGGACGUUUAUCUGGAGUGCGAUAUCAAAGCGAACCCGCCGGCCAAGAAGAUCGAAUGGUUUCACAAUAACAAACUGCUGCAGCCAGCGCGUGGCAUAAUCAUCUCCAAUCAGACGCUGGUGCUGCAGACCAUCACGAAGGCGACCCACGGCGAAUAUAUGUGCCGGGCGUCCAACACGCUCGGCACCGUCAACAGCAAUCAACUCUAUUUGGAUAUCAAAUAUCCGCCGGUUUGCAAAUCCGAGACACAAAUAAUACGUGCCGCUGUUAAGCAAACAGUUAACAUCACUUGCGAUAUCGACGCUAAUCCGAUGCCCAACCUGCUCUUCCGGUGGCAGUUUAAUAACUCACUGGAAAGCCUGCAGGAGCUGCCCCCGUAUACGAACGCCGAAUCGGAAUCGCAUCAUCAGCUGGCGCAGGCCGAAUCCGAGCUGGCGCCAUCAUCUUCGAUUGGCAAUCACCUAAUCGGACCCAACCUGGAGGAAAUGGUACGCCGGAAGUUAGAACGGCAGCAGCAGCCCUCGAAGCCGGCCCUGGUCGACGGGCAACUGUACCUGUACCGGAUCGAGUCAUUCACCAACUUCGGAACGAUCACCUGUACGGCCACUAACACCUACGGUCAGAGUGGCCACUGCCUCUAUCACAUCCUAGUGGCAGAUGUACCUGAUCCAAUUAAAAGUUGCACAAUAUCAAAUGUGACCGCUUAUACGGUGCACGUGUCAUGCACCGCCGGCAAGGAUGGAGGCAUUCCGCAGCAGUUUCACGUUGACAUUUUUGACGAGCACACCAAAAAGCUUCUCUUCAGUAUCACGUUCCACGGGCCGGAGAUGCUGCUGAAAAAACUUCCCAGCGACACGAAAUUCAUCAUCAAGAUCACACCAUUCAAUCUCCAGGGAACGGCUCCCACUAGCUACCGUGUCAAAGCGCAGACACUGCCGGCGCCACUGCUGCGUACCGCACCCUCGAAAGCGGUCCUCGUUCAGCUGACGCCACUGCUGGGAGCCCUCGUCGGAGCGGCCGUUACGCUGUUCCUUGUCGCCAUCUGCAUCAUCAUUUUCGUCAAGUUCAAAACGAAGAAAAAGCACCACCAGGCGGCGACGACCGAGCAGGACAAAGGCAGCGCCGAACCGCUCAGCCGGAACAUCGGCAGCCAUUCCAGCAUCGACGAUAAGAACCCGGAUGUGAUACCGCACGAGAACAGCGAAGACGACGAGGAGAAGCAGUUCGAGCGGCUGACGUUGGACACGGAGCGGCUCAAAUUCACUCCGUCGCCGGCGGUGAACUUCUCGCCGACGCACCUGUCGCCCACGGGGAACGGUUUGAAGAAGCAGUUCGGAGAACUCUCGCUGACGACCAACCCGAGCUACGCGAUCUACAGCUCACCGAUCCGGGGUGUGUACAGCAGCACCUGCAACCCGGCGGGAGCGGCGGCCACGACCGUGCUGCCAGCGCGAACAACCUCGCCGAACAUCUACACAAGACUGCCUUUGCGGGACUUCACGCCCAGCACGUACGAAAGCAUGCUCAGCUCCUCCCAGACGUCCUCGUCGUCCGGUGGUUGCGGUGGCGCCGGCGGCGCCGGAAGCGGUGGUUAUGCGACAUCGCAAAUCUACACCGCAAAAAUGCCCCUGCUGACGACCAACUACGCCGAGCUGGCAUCACUGGACAAAUGA